AUGGCCAAAUUCAUCCUUCCUGCGCUUGCCCUUGCUGGCACUGCUCUCGCACAAUGCGACGGUCCUUCAUUCACAAUCAGUGCAUCAGAAGAUGCAUCACAACUUGCAAGCUGCCAGACGUAUGAUGGCGAUAUCAUUAUUGCUAGUGAGGUUUCUGGUCAGGUUCAGCUCAAUGGUGUUAGCAGCAUCACCGGAGAUCUAAGAUGCACAAACGCCAGCCAGCUUACAGCUUUGUCGGCAGACCGACUGUCGAGCAUUGGAGGUACAUUUGACUUGGAAGAACUGCAGAUUCUGAGCUCUCUACGAUUGCCGUCAAUAAGCCGGGUGAAUCGCGUCCGCUGGAUUGCUCUCCCGGGUCUGCAGUCUCUGAACUUUGGUGCCGGUAUCAACGCUGCCAAUAAUGUUUACAUCUCCAAUACAGGUCUGACUGACCUGAGGGGUAUUGAGCUGACCGCUGUUGGAGCUAUGGACAUCAAUAACAACCAAUAUCUCAGGACGAUCAACGUCAAUUCGCUGACCAACGUUACCCAGGCCCUGUCAUUCUCCGCCAACGGCAUGAACCUGGCAAUCGAGUUCCCCAACCUCGAGGCUGCUGGCAACCUGACAUUCCGAAAUGUCUCCAGCAUCUCAAUGCCAUCGCUCGCCAACGUUCCAGGUUCUAUUGGCUUCUAUUCAAACCCCUUCGAGAGCUUUGCCGCACCCAACUUGACCGCGACGGGUAACACAAUCGCUUUCGUGGACAGCCCUAUGCUCAGCAACCUCUCCUUCCCAUCUCUCGAGCUCAUUGGUGGUGGUCUUCUGCUUGCCAACAACUCUGAGUUGACGCAAAUCGCCGGCAGCUUCCCAGCUCUUUCCACCAUCAACGGUGACAUCAACUUCUACGGUACCUUCGAGAACGUUGCUUUCCCAUCCUUGACUGAUGUGAAAGGUGCUGCCACAGUCUAUACUUCAAGCACGAACGGAACUAUCUGCGAUCUAUUCAACCGGGCUAAGACUGGACAAGCUAUCAAGGGUCAGGUCACCUGCGAGACUGGCUCGACCAACACUGCCAACAAUGGUACAGGCACUCGCAGUGGCAGUGGCAGCUCAAGAAGCUCGGGAGCUGCUGUGGCCAACCUCAACUUUGAUCCAAGUGCACCUCUGACCGGCUUUGCUGCCUUUGUCGCUGCUCUUCUCUUCAUUUGA